AUGUACGACUAUGCGAAAGUUCAUCUCAUAUACACAAUUCCCCCAGCCAUAGCUCUGACCACAGUCCUUGCGCCUCUCUUCACGCGACGAGAUGUCUUCAAGAUCUGUUUUCUGCUGACCGUGGCCGUUACAUAUACGAUUCCAUGGGAUUCGUAUCUCAUUAGAACUGGAGUUUGGACUUAUCCUCCGGAAGUCAUCUUGGGACCGAAAUUGUUCGACAUCCCAGCUGAAGAGUUGUUCUUCUUCGUAAUUCAGACAUACAUUACCACAUGCCUGCAGAUUUUACUGAGCAAAUCGGUGGUCACCGCUACCUACUUGCACAACGAAAAUGACCUUCAAGAUCCUCUCGGCAGGCGCUUGAGGCAAUGGAAACGUGCUGGUCAAGUGACCCUCGGCCUAUGCUGGGUAACCCCUUUGCUUCUAGGUAGAGGCCACGUUACGGGCACAUACAUGAAGUUGAUUCUCGUUUGGGCCGUUCCGGUGUUAUUGAUGCUCUGGACCUUUGCUUACCAGCUGCUCCUCACCUUGCCGCGGUCCAAGACAUGGCUGCCUAUAAUGCUCCCGACUCUUUACCUUUGGGUCAUUGAUACUCUCGCAUUGCGCAGAGGCACUUGGUGUAUUGAAUCGGAUACGAAGCUUGGCAUUCAGCUCUGGCCGCAUCUGGAUCUCGAAGAAGCUGUGUUCUUCCUGGUCACAAACACACUGAUAGUCUGGGGCUUAACUGCGUAUGACAACGCCGUUGCAGUCUUAGACGCCUUUCCGGCCUUUUUUCCCACCGUGCCGGGCACGCCGUCACCCGUACUUUUGUUGAAAGGUCUUUUCCUGUCCACCUCCAAGUAUGACACUGGACGAAUACAGGGACUCCAAAAUUCCUUGACUGUCCUGGCGCGGAAAAGCCGGUCUUUCUACCUGGCAUCUGGAGUGUUUCCUGGGCGCCUGAGGAUAGAUCUGAUCUUGCUCUACGCAUUUUGCAGAGUCGCGGACGACUUGAUUGACGACGCCCCAUCCGCGGAAGAGGCAUCCAGUUGGGUGGGGCGCUUUUCCCAUUUCCUUGACACCGCUUACUCCACCAAGUCUGACCGGGAAGCAUUCGAGCAAGCGCUUGUCCCUUUUCCUGUCGAGGCCCAAUCUGUCCUGAGGCUGCUGCCCACAGACAAGUUACCGUCACAACCAUUAUACUCGCUCCUGGAUGGCUUCCGGAUGGAUCAGCGGUUCUUCACAAAGGGUUCGAAAGAGGAUCCGCCUGUACAAACCUUUGCAGAUCUUGAACGAUAUGCAUCAUGUGUGGCAGCCACUAUUGGGGAGCUUUGCUUGAGUCUCGUCUACCAACACGAUCCCGACAGGCCCACAGACGAAGACACAAAGCGCAGGUGUGUCGCAGCUGGGUCAGAUAUGGGAAGAGCCUUGCAGUAUGUCAACAUUGUGCGAGACGUUGAUACCGACGCUCUAUCUGGGAGGUGCUACAUCCCUAAUGAAUGGUUCGACAAGUCAUCGGCCUCUUCCCCCGAAGUGCGUGACAAGGAAGUGGCCCACUAUCGCAAGCGAAUCUUGGACAUUGCCUUCUCUAUAUAUGGUACAAAUCGGGACGCAAUUGAGGAGCUUCCUCAAUACGCACGAGGUGGGAUACGCGUUGCGGUAGAGAGCUACAUGGAGAUUGGAAGGAUGUUGCGGGAACGACUUGAGGAAGGCAAACCUCUGGAUUUCGCCGGUGGGGGGAAGAAAGGGAGAGCAAGUGUACCCAAAUUGAGAAGGAUAUGGGUGGGCUGGAGGACGAUGGCUGGAUGGAGAGGGUCAGCCUGA